GGAGCUGGCUGCCCUCACGCAGGAGCACGCCGUCUCUUUGCCCUUCCCUCACAGCCAGGAAGCAGAGGAGUAGAAGGAACUAAAUACUGGAGAAGUACAAAUCCAUCAAUCCAUAAUGUUGGGAACAUCUUUGGGCAGCACUCCCACCUCUCCUAUCCCAGGCCACUGUCCAAGCCCUGAUUGCCAGUCAGAUGGUCCUUCUUCUGUUGUUCUCCUGCAUCAGUACCCUCCAUGCUGGGUAACCCAGGCACAGUGUGACCUUGCCCAGGCAGAGGUAGAGCUGCGCAGGCUGCAGGAGCAUCACGAAACUGAGACUGAAUCUGUAAAGCGUGGUGUAGAGCGAGCUAUCCUGGGAGCACGCAGAGAAGAGCAGCGCCUGCUGGAGAGGGUGGAGCAGGACCAUCGGGACACUCAGCAGCGUCUAGACCAGAUCCAGCGGGAGAACGUGGCAGCAGCCCGGGUCAGCCAGUCCCUGUUGGACCAGCGGCUUUGCAAACUGGCAGAACUGAAAAAGCAGAUUCAGGAAUUGGGUCAAUCAGUUGUAAAGGACAGUGGGCCAAGCCAGAACCCACUGCUGAAGGAGAUUUCAGAGUUCCUACAACCUUGGGAAAUCUCAGUUUCUCUAAAGAAAGUGAACUUCAAACCAAGCUCACAACCGAAUGCUGUCAACUUUGGAGAUAUUCGUGUUCAAGAACAAAGCCUUUGCCUGCAUGCUGGAGGUUGUGGGCCACAAGGACAGCCAUGUGCUCUUCAUUCACAAGAGAUGCUCUGUGAAGACACAAACUACCAAGGUUCUGGAAAAGAGAAGAGCACCCAAGGACAGGGAUUUAUUUCACCAACCGGCAGGGUUGUUAGAAAGAUCAGCCUUUCUAACCGGGGUGACCUAGAAUCAGAGGAGGAAAAAAAGCACUCUUCUGCAAAGAUGUGUCACUGCGAACAGGCUGACUGGGAAUCGUCUCAGGAAGAUGAGGUAGAAUCAGUUUCCUUCCAGCCACAAGGUGAGGACGUAUUUUUGGCUGUACCUACAGUUCUUAAAAAAUGGGACAUGGAAGACGAGGACAAGAUAAACAAGAAUGGGAAACCUUACUCACCAAGGAAUAAGAGGAAAUGGCUAACUGUGGCCUCCAGCAGGAAGUCAAACCUUUUACCUGAACAAAAACAGCAGCAUAUAAAGCUUAGUCAGUGCUUAAGUUUAGACGGUCAAAAUGGAGAUAAGGGAAGAGUUGGUCAAGAUUCCAAUUAUAGACUUUUAAGAUACUGCAACAGUUCCCUAACAUCUCAAAGGGAACCUUCAGCCAGCCAAAGCUGCCUAGACCUCACAUCCAGGGGUCGACCCCCCUCUUGCCUCAGCCAGUCUUCUGAUGAACACUCUCUAGGGACGCUCGGUGACUCUGGCCGAGCACCAUCCCCAACAGACAGCCUUGAUUCUAGCUAUACUUUCAUUGUUAGCCCAUCUCAUGACUACAGUAUGAACAGAGGCUCUUUGAAUUACAGUUGCCGCUUAUCAAAGUCUGCAGUGGACUUGACUCACAAGACGCGCCCAUUGAUUACUAGUGGGCCAAUUGAGCAAGGAUUGUGGGGGACUAGGGGCAGCAACUUCAAGACGAGCUUCACCUCAACCUCGCCGACUCUCAGAAGGAAAUUGCAAGCCUCUGACAUGGGGCAUACUUUCUCGUCGCCUUCCUAUAGAGGUCAAAAUAUUUUAUACCAGCCACAGAAACAGGCCACAGCUGCUGGAUCAAAACAACCUCCUGUGGCUAGGUCUUUAUCCCUGUCUGUUAUAGAUGGUUCCUGUACAACAGAACUCGAGGCAAAAAAAAAUUUGUUUUCAGUGACUGACGCUCGCGGAAAUGUCCUCCAACAAGUGGCCUCUCCAACUGCUGGUGGCUCCGACAGACGGUGUAGGAACUACUUUGACAUUGCGGUCAAUGCUAAGGGUCUGAUUGCAGUAAGCUGUGCAGCAGAAAGAGCUCUUCUUGUGUUCAGCAGGCACGGCCGACUGCUCCAGACCUUUGGAGGGUCUGGGUUCGGCUCUGCAAAAGAUGAACUGGAAGCUCCCAGGGGCGUGACCGUAACCAGGCUCGAUGAAUUCCUGGUGGCUGAUAUCCGAAAAGGUACCCUCAUUGCCCUAAAGCUUGACCCCAAGACAGGCUCCCGUCUUGAACGCACAGUGGUAACUGGAUUCCACCGACCCUACUUAGUGGCAGCUUGCUUGAGCUCAGGCAUGGUGGCUGUAUCCGAGAGGGGCAAUGAAACUGGUCGUGUACCUUGCGUCAAAGUUCUGGAGCCAGGCUGGAACACAGUUAGAGUUUUGGGUGUUUGUGCAGGUAUGGGACCUGUCCUGACCUGUCCCUGGGGUAUCUGUAUAGAUACAGAUGGUAAUGUUUUGGUAGCAGAUUGGGGGGAGCAGCACAGAAUCCUUUUAUACCCAGCACAGGGAGUAGGUUGGCCCAUAAUAACCCAGGGUUUGAGUAGUCCACGUGGCCUAUCCUUGCUACCUGAUGGCCAACUUGCAGUGUCAGAUAGCAUGCAUCAUUGCAUCAAGAUAUACCAGUACAAAGCAUCCCAGGACUAGGAAAAGUGUGCUGAUAUUAAGAAAAAAAACCCUAAAGUACAGCACUGUAAGCUUCUGAUAAAUGAUGCAUUAGUAUUCGGCCCAGCUGCACCUAUAAGAGUCACAUGUCUGCCUGGAUUUGUAGGCCAAAGGCUACAUCCAUGAUAAAAGCAAGGACUAUGAAGCUAAGCUACAAAGAGAAAGGAAAGAAGAGCUGGUGUUGCACUAGGCAGUGAGUGUUCCUCGUGUCAUUUUUAGCUUGUUGUUGUGUAGCUGCUUUGAAGUGUUCAGGGUCAAGUAGAAUUGCUGUUUGUUUGCUGUCUGUUGUUUGUAGAUUAGAGUUUAGUCACAGUCUGCACAAUGUCUGUGUUGAUCUGUGUGCUGCUCAGUUUUCUACCAAAGCUGCUAACCCGCAGGCAUGAGCACAGGCUAGUAUUUACUCAUGCAUAAAUUUAAUAAAGCUAUCCAAUCCUGCACAAAUAUGAAUGGACUCGCAUUCAUUAACAUAAUAUUAUUGCAAUUUUUUAAAAAGUAGAGAAUUUGUACUUUCUCCAAUGUGGCAUUUUUAUUUUCAAGUGAUACAAAGAGCAGGGUGUCUGUGUUUCAAAUACAUCUCGUCACAAUUGGAUUCGGUGAUUCCUGCAAAUUCUACGAUUUUUCAUGCUGUCACUGAUUUUUACUGACAACGAGUUAAUCUCUGUGGCUCUUUUUCAGUCC